AUGACUGACUUGGACGACUUGGGCGACAAGGACGACAAGGCGACAAGGACGACAAGGCAGGGAUGCGACGUGGAUGCGACGUGGAUGCGGCCAUGUGAUGGCCGCAUCCACAUCACCCCAUCCUUCAUCCUUCAACCACCCACGCCCAAUACCACACACCCCAUCUUCACCCACCAUGCACAUAUCCUUGGCGCGAAACAGCCCCGAAACUACGCCAUGGCGGGGAAUAGAAGGUGCAAUAAUAGCUGCCUUACACCGCCCAUUCUCACUCUCACUCUCACUCUUCUCACUCUCACUCUAAUCUCACUCUACUGGGCCGGCCCAGCCUUGCGCCGUGAAGCAGUCGCACUUACGCACACCGCCGCCGGCUUGAAUAAAGCAAACCAACCCAACAAUAUAUUUUCGUCUCUUAUUUACUUACCGCUGGAUGAGUUGGGCGGGGAUUUAUAUGUAUCAACAAAACGCGGUUUAUUUAUCCAUAUUUUUAAUGUUUUCCUUACCACCGCACGCCACGAUGAGCGGUCGGCGCGAACGCGAUGA